AUGCCGAAGGGAGAGCGACCUUAUAAGUGUGCUUCAUGUGGAAAAUCUUUCGAUCGCAGACAACACAUGGAGGAGCAUACAACGAUUCAUACCGGAGAGCGACCUUUUAAGUGUGCUUCAUGUGGAAAAUCAUUCUCGCAAAAACGUCUUUUAAAGGAUCAUACAACGAUUCAUACCGGAGAGCGACCUUUUAAGUGUGCUUCAUGUGGAAAAUCAUUCUCGCAAAAACGUCUUUUAAAGGAUCAUACAUUGAUUCAUAUCGGAGAGCGACCUUUUAAGUGCGUUACAUGUGGAAAAUCAUUCUCGUUAAAACAUCAAUUGAAGAAUCAUACAUUGAUUCAUAUCGGAGAGCGACCUUUUAAGUGCGUCACAUGUGGAAAAUCAUUCUCGUUAAAAAGUAGUUUGAAGGAUCAUACAACGAUUCAUACCGGAGAGCGACCUUUUAAGUGUGCUUCAUGUGGAAAAUCAUUCUCGCAAAAACGUCUUUUAAAGGAUCAUACAUUGAUUCAUAUACCGGAGAGAGACCUUUUAAGUGUGCUUCAUGUGGAAAAUCAUUCUCGCAAAAACGUCUUUUAA